AUGACAUUUGAAAAUAACAUUGCUCUUCAGACCACCUCUGACCACAACAUCGAAAUUGUAAAUGUGUCUAUUGGGCACCCUGAUAAAGGUCAAGUAUUAAUUCACGUGAGGGCAACGGGAAUUUGCGGUUCAGAUAUUCAUUUCUGGAAAACUGGUGCAAUUGGUGAGUUGAAAGUGUUGGGCAACUGUACAUUGGGGCACGAGGCAGCAGGUGAUAUUGUAGGAGUCGGAGAGGGUGUAAGAGACGUUCAAGUGGGAGAUCGUGUUGCUAUAGAGCCUGGAAUUCCCUGUGGCAACUGCUUUUUGUGCACCGGAGGGAACUAUAAUUUGUGUAAGGAUGUGCAGUUUAUCGGCGUGUAUCCAUAUCAUGGCUCAAUGCAAAAGUAUUUGAUUCAUGAUGCCAAGUUCAUCCAUAAACUUCCAGAUAAGCUAAGUUAUGAAGAAGGUGCAUUGGCUGAACCGGUUUCAGUAGCAUAUCAUGGCAUCCAGAGAGCAGAACUUGAGCUUGGUAGUGGUGUGUUCAUAGCUGGAGCUGGCCCAAUAGGAUUAGCAGCACUAUUAUUGGCUAGCAGUCUGGGUGCUUGCCCUAUCGUUAUAAGCGAUGUAAAUGCUUCCAGACUUGAAUUUGCGAAAAGAUUAGUUCCUUCUGUAAAGACUUACCAAAUUAAUCCCAAGAUAAAAGAUACAGAAAACGCAGCAGAAAUAAGAAAGUGCUUUGGGAAAGAUGAAAUCGAUGCACCAGCAUUUACUUUAGAGUGUACUGGUAUUGAAUCCAGUAUUAUUACAGGAGCGUACGUAACUAGAAGAUCAGGGACACUAACGCUCAUUGGAGUUGGAAAAGAUACUAUCAAUAACUUUCCCUUCAUGCAUCUAUCUUUGGCUGAGAUUGAUGUUAAAUUUAUUAAUAGAUACCAUGAUUCAUGGCCCAUUGUUAUAAAAUUAAUGGAUCAAGGUAUUAUUGAUGUUAGACCCCUUAUUACUCAUCGUUUUUCUCUUAGUGAAUCUAUUACAGCAAUGAAUGUUGCAUCAGAUCCUUCAGUACACAGUAUCAAAGUAAUCAUUGAAGACAAUUGA